ACCAGCAUCCUCAUGUAUGAGCAGAGAUGGUAAAUGUGGCAUAUUUUUAAAAACACUUGAAGACUACAAAUCAGCUGUGUAUGUUUAUACUAAACCUAUUAGAGAUUUUUCUACAGAAUCAAUGUCUUCGAUUCCAGCAACACAUUAUAUAUAUACACCCCUGAAUCAGCUUAAAGGUGGUACAAUUGUCAAUGUCUCUGGUGUCGUGAAGUUCUUUAAGCCUCCAUAUCUAAGCAAAGGAACUGAUUAUUGUUCCGUUGUUAUGAUUGUGGACCAAACAAAUGUAAAGUUGAUCUGCCUGCUCUUUAGUGGAAACUAUGAAGCCCUUCCAAAAAUUUAUAAAAUUGGAGAUAUUGUUCGCUUUCAUAGACUGAAGAUUCAAGAAUAUAAAAAGGAAACUCAAGGUAUCACCAGCUCUGGCUUUGCAUCGUUGACCUUUGAGGGAACUCUGGGUGCCCCUGUCAUACCUCGUACUUCAAGCAAGUAUUUCAACUUCAGUACUAAGGACCACAAAAUGGUAGAAGCCUUACGUGUUUGGGCAUCUUCUCAUCUUUCACCUUCAUCAGCCUUAUUAAAAUUAUGUGAUGUUCAACCAAUGCAGUAUUUUGACCUGACUUGUCAGCUUUGGGGCAAGGCAGAAGUCGAUGGAGCAUCAUUUCUUCUAAAGGUGUGGGAUGGCAACAGGACACCCUUCCCAUCUUGGAGAGUCCUGAUACAAGAUCUUGUUCUCGAAGGUGAUCUAAGUCACAUCCAUCGGCUACAGAAUCUGACAAUAGACAUUUUAGUCUAUGAUAACCAUGUUCAAGUGGCAAGAUCUCUAAAGAUUGGACGCUUUCUUAGAAUCUAUAGUCUCCAUACCAAACUACAGUCAGUGAAUUCAGAGAGCCAGGCAACAUUGCUAUGUCUAGAGUUUCAUCUCCACGGAGGUACCAGUUAUGGCCAGGGAAUCACGGUAUUGCCGGAAAGUAACUCUGAUGUGGAUCAGCUGAAAAAGGCUCUAGAAUCUGCAGAUUUGACCAGUCAACAUUCAGAUCAUUUCUGUCAAUCAGAACAUGAGGACAGUUUUCCAACUCCUUCAAGUUCUGGAUCAGUAUCACUGUAUGAGGUAGAAAGAUGUCAACAGCUGUCUGCUACAAUACUUACAGAUCAUCAGUAUUUGGAGAAAACACCACUGUGUGCAAUUUUGAAACAAAAAAUUCCUAAACAAUAUCGCAACCAAGCAAAAUUGAGAUCUUAUAAGCCCAAAAGUCUCUAUCAGUCUGUUAAACUUCAUUGUCCUAAAUGUCAUUCACUGUAGGAAGUUCCACAGGAAGGCAAUUUGGAUAUAAUUUUGAAAGAAAGUGCAGCUAAAACCCCAGAUACCAAACUACAUAAUACAUUAUUAUAUGAUUCAAAAAUCUGGACCACAGAAGAACAAGGAGGAUGAAAAGUAGCUGUUCAUUUUGUGAAACAUAACGGUAUUCUUCCACUUUCAAAUGAGUGUCUAAUUUUGAUAGAAGGAGGUAUACUCUCUGAAAUCUAUAAACUCGCAAAUAAGUUUCAUAGUGUAAUUCCAGUGAAAUCUGGCCAGGAAGAUCUAGAACUCCUAGACCUUUCAGCACCAUUCCUGAUACAAGGAAAGAUACUUCCCUAUGGAUGUAAGCAGUGUUCUAGUUUGAGAUCAAUACAAAAUCUAAAUUCUCUGGUUGAUAAAACAUCCUGGAUUCCUUCUUCUGUGGCAGAAGUAUUGGGUAUUGUACCCCUCCAGUAUGUGUUUGUCAUGACAUUUACUCUUAAUGAUGGAACAGGAGUGUUAGAAGCUUAUCUCAUGGAUACUGACAAAUUCCUUCAGAUUCCAGCAUCAGAAAUUCUAGCUGAUGAUGACUUCCAGAGAAGUAUGGAAAUGAUCAUGGAUAUGUUUUGUCCUCCAGGAAGAAAAAUUGAUGCAUAUCCAUGGUUGGAAUGCUUCCUCAAGUCAUAUAAUGUCACAAAUGGGACGGAGCAGCAAGUUUGCUAUCAGAUUUUUGACACCACAGUUGGAGAAGAUGUUAUCUAAUAAUGUUCCUAUUGCUCGAAAUACCCAGCAUAAUGGCUUUCAGCAGUACAAAAGAGAAAUUAAAUAAAUGACUAUUUUUUCAUUUACUCUUUAAAGUCCUUUUAGAGAAGUUAUUUUAUUACCAUACACUAAAAAUUGCUUUUCCCAUUGGUUUUUGUGUAUCAGCCACUGAUUGCUCUGCCAUCCAUCUCUCUGGCUAUGCUUCUUUUUCUGUCCUGAUUUCCACAUGGAUCUACAGUUAGAAAAUGAUCCUUUCUUAAGUCAUUCAGGCUUUUGCGGGUGCAAUGUAAACAGGGACUGCUAGUUUUGUUGUAUUAGAGGAGUCUUUGUCAACAAGUUGUUCUUUAAAAAGUGUCUAUCUGAAUGAGCUCCAGUGUACUGCAGGGGUGAUUUGCUUUCAGUUUAAGUGGUAGAUUGCACUGUUUGGGUGCUGAUAUUGACCA